AUGAAGCAGCUGGUACCACGGCAGGCGGCGCCCUCCAGCGGUGAGAUGAAUGCAUGGGUGCGGGUCAAGAUCUUGUCCCGUAUCAACAAUACUUUGUCUUCCCUCGAAGAGAUUGAGUCGAUUGUGCUGGUUGGUGACGUGGUCUGCGAAAUCGAGCUGGAGCAUUUCUCCGUGGGGGUGAAAGUCGAGACCACGGGCUUCCUCGCUGAGAUACGUGAGUGGUUAUGCGCAGCUGGCGCUGUUAUGCUUUUUUACUAUGUGUCGUUUUCAUGUCAAAACACUUCGAUUGCCCCAGUCAACCGAAGCACCUUCUUAGCCCCAGGUUCCAGGAUGACCGGUUCUCCCACUCGUUCAUUCCUGCACACAUCGUGGCUUUCCGUAGUCUUCGCUCUUCUGCGCAGCUGUGCUGCGUGCAUCACGUUUUUGUUUUGGGCUAGUGUCGCUGCCCCUUUGUAUGUACGUCGUACAGCAGUAGUUUGAGACUCGAUUAUCCGGCAAGUGUUUUCCGUUGUCCUUGUUUGCAGUGGUCGAAGCCGGCACCG